CCUGCGUCGCGGCGGGGCGGAAGUGGCGCCGCGGGUUUGAAAUCAGCAGAGUCGGCUCCAGCCGGACCAAGCGGCCGAGUGCCAUGUCCACCCCACCGCUGGCGCCCGCAGGCAUGGCGCCCGGGCCCUUCGGCGGCCCGCAGGCACAGCAGGCCGCGCGCGAGGUCAACACGGCCACGCUGUGCCGCAUCGGGCAGGAGACGGUGCAGGACAUCGUGUACCGCACCAUGGAGAUCUUCCAGCUGCUCCGGAACAUGCAGCUGCCAAAUGGCGUCACUUAUCAUACCGGAACUUACCAAGACCGGCUAACAAAGCUACAGGACCAUCUUCGCCAGCUUUCUAUUCUCUUCAGGAAGCUAAGACUGGUCUACGACAAAUGCAACGAGAACUGCGGCGGCAUGGACCCCAUUCCUGUCGAGCAACUUAUUCCAUAUGUGGAUGAGGAUGGCUCAAAGAACGACGACCGGACUGGCCCACCUCGUUUUGCUAGUGAAGAGAGACGAGAAAUUGCAGAAGUCAACAAAAAACUGAAACAGAAGAACCAGCAGCUGAAGCAGAUUAUGGACCAAUUACGGAAUCUCAUCUGGGACAUAAAUGCCAUGUUGGCAAUGAGGAACUAAACUGAUUUUUAAAUCUCUUGCUCUACGCGUGUGAUACAAUUGGAUUUCCCCCCAAGUAUUCUUCCUUUGGAAAGAUUAUUUAUCUCUCUAGUUUAAUGGCUAGCACUGAAGUUCCUGUUUUCAUGUUAAAGUAUUCACUGCCUCUUUUUUUUUUUUUAAAUGCUCUUGGUUCUAUACAAGAUUAUUAUAAUAGUCUUUGAUAGGGUGUGAGUUUUGUUUAAUCUUCAUGAAUUGAAUAAUUGCUUUUUAAAAGCAAAAUGAAGCUUAAUAAAUAAAUUUUUAA